CAGCCGCUGUAUGAAGCAGCCGGCCGUGGGAUAUUAAUAAUUUCCUCGAAAACAGACUUCCGGAUGGUUGCCAAUCAGAUUUUUUAUUAUUGGAUUAACGACCAUCAGCCGCCAGCCGCAGCUUUAUCCUGAGAGGCCGGAGAUUUGUGUCGCUGGGCGGGGAGGAGUCUCUGUUAUUUCACCGUUAGCUGAAGCCAGGCCAGCAUGUCGGCGUUUUAACACAAUACAUCAAACACAAAGCAGCGGCGAGGACCCAAAUGUGCUCUUAGAGGAUGGAUGUGGAGGUGAGUGCUGGCAGGGACAGCACCUGGAGGAGAGCAGCAGCAGCAGCAGCAGAUGAUGAUGGUGGUGGUGGUGGUGGUGGUGGAGGAGGAGGAGGCAUGGAGGCUCAGGUUGUACCGCUGGAGCUCUACGACUCUGCAAGAGCCAAAAUAGACGCAAAUCUCCGCUGGCUGUUUGCCAAAGCCUAUGGUAUAGAUCACAUCCCUGCAGACCUGCGGGACCCCUUCUAUACAGACCAGUAUGAGCAGGAACACAUCAAGCCCCCCAUCAUCCGCCUGCUGCUGUCCGGAGAGCUCUACUGCCGUGUGUGUGGACUCAUCCUUCACGCUGAGCAGGCUGCCUCGCUCCAAAGCCACCAGUCUGUCAUCCAGAACCUGUCCAGGAAAGGCAUCUAUGUCCUGGAGACCGACAACACUCCUGUGUCUGAUCGGGAUCUCAGUUCGUCCCCCAUAAAAAUGAGCUCCCACAUCCACCUCAUUGAUUCCCUGAUGAUGGCCUACACAGUGGAGAUGAUCAGCAUAGAGAAGGUGGUGUCCAGUGUCAAGCGCUUUUCAAACUUCAGUGCCUCCAAGGAACUUCCUUUUGACCUGGAAGAUGCAAUGGUCUUUUGGAUUAACAAGGUGAACAUUAAGAUGAGGGAGAUCAUGGAAAAGGAGUGUAAAAUGAAGCAGCAUCUGCUUGACUCUCCCAGCCACCAGAAGUCUCCCUCCAAAUGGUACUGGAAGCUUGUACCUGUGCGUUACCGCAGAGAUCACCUGUCGGGUCGGACACUUCAGCACUUCCCCCUGUUGGACGACCUGUUGAAGGAUGUGUGUGACGGCACUGCUCUGCUGGCUGUGAUCCACUUCUAUUGCCCAGAACUCAUCAGACUGGAAGAUAUCUGUCUGAAGGAGGUUCCCUCCAUAGCAGACAGUGUAUACAACAUCCAGCUACUGAGUGAGUUUUCUACUGAGUACCUGAACAAAUGUUUUUAUUUGAAACCUGAGGACCUGCUGUACUCUGCACCAGUACUAAAGAAUAAUGUCAUGGUCUUCAUUGCUGAGCUUUUCUGGUGGUUUGAGAAUGUGAAGCCAGACUUUGUACAGCCCAGGGAUCUCCAGGAAGUCAAAGAUGUGAGACUGUUGCUGCAGCCUAAAAGUUCUCGAUCCUAUGUGCCCAUCUCUAACGUUACCAAACGAAGCUUCAUGACAUCAUCAAACUCUGCAGACGUUUUGACCACGCCACCGAGCCCUGACCUCAGCACUAAACAAAGCUCAACAAGCCCAUCUCACCCUUUACUUCCCCUGAGACAGAGACAACAGAACACAGUGGUGAGAAAUAGGUCCAACUCUCUCGCAGAUGGACAACAUCAGGGCUCCAUAUUGGCUUGGCCGGAGAGAAGGGCGAGACCUUUAUCCCAGCAAGCCCCCUACGCUCUGCAUUUUGCCAGAGAGGACGACGCCGACAGUAUCAGCCUCGCUCGCUCCAUCAGCAAAGACAGCUUAGCCUCUAACAUCAUGAGCAUUACCCCCAAACACAUGCUGGGAUCAGGUCUGUCUCAGCACAGACUCAGUGGUCAAAGCUUACUCAGUCACAUGCGCAUAGAGGACGAAGAAGAGGAAAUAGAGGAGGAGGAACUGGUUGCCGUCAUCCACCCUUCUGCCUUUUCUCGAAAAAGAAUUGGGAGUGACAUGGAGCAGGAUGAGCUGGAAAUACAGAGUGCAGCCUCCACCUCCAGGGUUCCCAAUACUUCUUGCUCUCCCCGCCUUGACACGGGUCCCUUUACUCUGGAUCACCAGGCAGACAGCUACUAUCUAGAGCCUUUGAUGCCCGCCGUCCCUAAGCCGGCCAAAGAGAAGAGCAUCAGCCUGAACAAGCAGGAGGAGAGCGGUGAAAGUCGCUUUAGACCAGCAGCAGGUGCGAGGAAAGCAACUAUCAGUGUCCCAGGCACCUCACAGAGAAAAUCCCCUGUGGCUGAGUCAAGCAGAAGUGUCUGCACACCCACACUGAUGGUAGAAUCAGUCCCUACAUCUCUCAGGCCACCCACAGAGGGCUCAACUGGCAUCUCUCAGUCUGUGACGAAACAGCCUCAAGGCUUUUUCCUUCAUUUGUCAGGAGAGUCAGACUGCCACAGUCCUUUCUCCACUGUGCUGGAGGCUGGGCAUGACUCUGACUCUGACAUUGCAGACCUUGAGGAAGACGAUGAGGAGGACGAUCAGAUGGAGCUGACUAAAGAGGUGCUGAAGAGAGGAAGGGGGAGGUUCUUAGAGGAGGGAGACUUGGCUGAGUUUGGGGAGGGAGAAGGGGAGUCUGCCAAACUGAGGGAAGACUUGAAGGUGAGCGAGCGGGAGGAUAAGGAGGAUGGCAGCGGACGUUCGAGCCCUUGCCCCAGCACCAUAUCUUGGGCGAGCAGCUGCAGCGCUUCAGGCAGUGCCAGUGUCAAGAUGACGAGCUUUGCAGAGAGAAAGCUCCUGAAACUUGGCCUCCGUGAUGGAUACUCAAGCACCAGCAGCUCCCAGAAGACCACACCAGAUGGCUCUGAGGUUGCCCCCUGUUGGCUGGGGAAGGAGCCUAGCACUGUGUUGGGGAAGAAUAUGAUGGCGAGUCCUCCAGUUGUGCCUUCAGAGCUGCUGCAACUUCACAUGCAGCUAGAAGAGCAAAGACGUGCAAUAGAGUAUCAGAAGAAGAAGAUGGAAACCUUAUCGGCAAGGCAGAGACUAAAGCUGGGGAAAGCUGCGUUCUUGAACAUUGUUAAGAAGGGUGGAGGGAGGAGUGAUACACUUCCUUUACCACUGAAACACUCCCAGGAAUCCUCAGAGGUAACAGCUGCUGACAGGAGUAAAUCAAAGACACAGUCCUGCAGGGAUGAUUCCUGUCUUGAUGCUCUGAAGGUGCAGGCAAGAGCAGGUCAAACACACGGAGGACAGAUGAACCGAGACAACAGGUUGAACGCCAUGUCUGAAGAUAGCAUGGCUGAACCCGACUUGAACGAGUGCUCCCGCUCCAUAGAUCUACUUAAUGAAGCUAUCAGUUCUAUUCAGCAGCAGAUGAUGCAGCUCUCCUUCCAGCAAGACCUGCUGAUGAAGCAGAGUGUGGUCUCCCCUCCAGACCCUGUACAACCAGACCUGACGAAGCAGAGUGUGGUCUCCCCUCCAGACUGUGUACAAACAGACCCAAGCACAAACCCCAACACAGCGCAACCAGAACUCUCUACCUCAGACUCCAGAUCUUAUGCAGUUCACUUUGUAGAUAUCAGCGGCAGAAACUCUGUCCCCGCUCGCCGUCCUCCCAAGCUUAGCUCCAGCCAGCGCGGCAAAGCCUCUCAGUGGAAACAGAGUAAAGAACACAGCAAGACGUCUGCGUCGAAGUUAAGCGUCCCGUCCUCAGACUGCGCACUUUCUGCUGGAGAGCCUGAGACAGGGAGCAUCGCCGAGAGCUCCAGAACUGAUAGAAACGUUCAGAGAAGCACCACCUUCAGAGUCCACGAUAGCAGCGGAGAAGGAACUGGGCGCUCCUCAGACAAACCCCAAUCACAGGACCCACCGGUCAUCUCCAGCACAUCCAACUCUGUGUCACAGGAUGCAGAACGCCAGGAGCUCAAAGCUGUCAGCUCAGGGAAAGAGUUUGUUGGUGGGGAUGACUCUGCUAGAGCUAAGGGUCAACUUAUUGAGGUUGACUUGUCGGGGGUGAAGGAGCCACUGGAGGAUGGCAGCACAGACGUUACAGACUGCAUGGCAGAAGGAGAACAGAAGAAUGUGUUGGGCUUCUUCUUUAAGGAUGAUGAGAAGGCAGAGGAUGAAAUGGCGAAACGUCGAGCGGCCUUCCUCCUUAAACAGCAGCGCAAAGCUGAGGAGGCAAGAGUACGCAAACAGCAGCAAGAGGUCGAGAGCGAACUCAAGCGCGAUGAGGCUCGGCGUAAAGCAGAAGAGGACCGUAUUCGUAAGGAGGAAGAGAAGGCGCGGCGAGAGCUAAUUAAACAGGAAUACCUGCGGAGGAAGCAGCAAGCCCUCAUGGAGGAGCAGGGCCUGGUCAAACCUCGCCCACGGACUAAAUCCCGCAGGAACAGGCCUAAAUCACUGCACCGGGAAGAGUCCAGCAGCCUCUCCAAAGUAUCCACCACCCGUAAUUCUCUGAAGGUGUCCAUGUUGAUCAAAGCCCAGGGCUCAGCAGCAGGCUGCAGGGGAGCUGAUCUGAGCUGCAGUUAUCGAGGUUCUACGCUGUCUUUGGCGACUGAGCCAGACAGUGUCAUCUCUGGAGGGGCAGAAUCACACAGGGCUGGGUCUGUGUGCUCUAUGGAGUCAUUCCCCCUGCUGAGCAGGGCGUCCAGCAGGAACAUGGAGCGAGACUGGGAGAACGGCUCCAUAGCCUCGUCCAUCACUUCAACUGAGUACAAUG